CUUUUCAAGUACUAAAGUUUCCGAGCAACGCUUUUUCACACGAAUAAAAUUUCCCCAGUUUUGCCUGGUUGAAAACGUAUAUAAAGGGCCAGAGAGUUUAGACCAGGCAGUUCAGAACAUUGUCGAAGACAGAACAAUGAAGUCCGCUAUUGUAUUCGUCGCGUUGUUGGUCGCCUUUACAUGUAAGUAGAAGACUAUCAGAAUUCUUAUAAUCUGUUUUCUAUUGUUAGUGCUGUCGUAGGCCCUAUAGUAAUAUUCUAGCAAGAUUUGUUGCAGUAUUUAGUUGAGAUUGUUACCGUAGACUGCACUGUAAGUCAUUCUCUAACCUCCUUUAGUUGAAAUUGUUAACCUAUCCGUGAUAUGGGAAUAUUUCAACAAUUAUAACAUGCAUGAGUUAAUUUUUUGCUACUAGUUAGGUACAAAAGAAGGUAGAGUUACUUCCACACAUGUGAACAUAUGCCUUUUCAGUUGAGUUUAGUCAGUUUGAAAAAAGUCUAAAUGGAUUUGUAAAUGAGAAAUGUCUGAUUAUAAUGAAUGGUUAAGCCGUUAAUAAUAUCAAUGCUGUGAAUCUCUGAUCAUUUCUCAUUUGCUUUUUAUUUUUUUUCCAGACUCUGCUCCUGUAGAGGAAGGUAUGUCGCUUACGUUGUUACCAACUCUCUCAUUUUUUCGUAAUUCGUAAUUAUGCUUUGUUUAUAUGGGAAAGGUUAGUUCGCUGACCUCAGAAUGACACUUCGUCAAAACUUUUUUCCCUUCAAGAUUGGUUUAGAAACAAACUUGGAGUAGGGUUAGGGUUAGGGUUAGAGUUGGUGUUUGGAAUAGGGUUAUUAUUAUUAUUAUUAUUAUUAAGAAAUAUUUACAGAGGAUAGACAUUUCCGUAUGAACAUACUGCUAAAUGUUAUUGUUAGUAAAACGUUUGCUUUGUUACGUUUUGUCACUCUGGAGCCAGUGAAGUAACCUCUUCUUGUUUAUAUUAUAGAUGAAUUAUCAGAAGUAGCCCAAGAAGGUAAAAUAUACGAAAUUUUGUCAUCUGUGUAAAUCCCCUUAUAGAUAGAGCGUUUGCACUCAUUCCCUAGGGACCAACUUAACCAAGCCAUGGCGGCCAUGUUGAUGUUCCAGACAAAAGAGUCGAAUUAAACUUCUUUUGAAAACCAACAUGGCGGCUGUGACGUCAUGUGCAUACGCUCUAUUAUCCCGUUAACUUUGCAAGCAUUCCUCUAUUUCCCUACAUAGUGAUUACCUCUAAUAUUCAGUCAACGCCUCGCCGUUUUUGUCCGUUAUCAGAGGAUCAAACGCAACGUAAUUCACGGUAUACUAGUCUGUUUUCUAACCAUCAAACUCAAUUUUUCUUUCAGAUUAUAAAAAAGGCCAUUAUAAAAAUGGUCGCUAUGGAAACGGGAGAAGAGGUGGUGGUCUUGGAAACGGAGGAGGACUUGGUGGUGGAGUUGGCGGUGGAGUUGGUGGUGGAGUUGGCGGUGGAGUUGGCGGUGGGGGAGUAGUAGUUGGCGCUCCAGGUGCUCCGGGUGCUCCAGGUGUUACAGGUGCUCCAGGUCGCCGAGGUGCCCGUGGCCGCACUGGUGCUACAGGUCCCACUGGUCCAACAGGCGCACGAGGAUCCCCUGGUCCAACAGGUCCACAAGGCGCACCAGGAUUUCCAGGACCCAGAGGUCCAGCAGGACCUCCAGGUAAAAACGAAGACUACGUUGAUACGACUGCAAGAAAAUAGUUUCAUCUCUUUCCACUUUCAGUCAUCCGUUCUUGAAUUCGUCCAGUUUCACGUUCAGCCAGAACUGAACUAACAUUUUAACACAGAACAUCAUGCUUGUUUUCUUGAGCUAUAUAUAAGUGACUGCAAUUCCCGAACAAGGUCGUUUUCAGAAUUUGGUUAGAGGAUCGCAUUACUCACUUAAACCAAACGGAACAAUAAAGACAUGUUUAAGAAAACAUCAUUGAACAAAUUAUGCUGGUAACAUUUUUUCAAUAUAUCUACCAUUCGGAACUAUCAUUUGCUUUUCUACAUUAGAACUGUUCUAUAUUUUAGUUGUUGUAUCAACCUCCUUAUUCCUUGCUAAAGAACAUAUCAACAUUUAAUUGCAGAAUAUUUGAUUUGAUUAAAACAAUUAAUUACAACAUUUGAUUCAAAACAUUUCAAUGAAACUUUGCUUACAAUAUAUUAUUCGACUAAAACAUUUUCCUUGCAAUCUAUGUGUGUAGGCCCGACUGGUCCUCAAGGUGAUACUGGUGAUAAAGGAGAACCAGGAUAUCCAGGUCCACCAGGACCACCAGGUCCACCAGGACCUGGAGGUGCACCAGGUAACGAUGGAGCUCCUGGAAUUUCUGGUAAAGACGGAGAUCCAGGACCAGCAGGUCCACCUGGCCUACAAGGAGAAAGGGGAGAGCGAGGAUUUACUGGAGCGCCUGGCAGGGACGGAGUCAAUGGCGCACCUGGAGAAAAGGGAGAUCGAGGUAGGAUGAGCUGAAUGAGAUAUUUAAUUUGUAAAACGAUUUUAAAGAAUAAUGGACCACGAAGAACAUGUGAAGCAAAGAAGACAACGUCCUGUGCAUUCGAAACACUUUCCAUAGUUAGUUGGUCUAACUAGGGAAUGUUCCCAAAGAGAAUCAAUACUCCAUGACGAGUUGAGCCAACGAUGACGAAAACGACUUCAAUUCAAUGGACCUUUCCCCUUAUAACUAAAAUCUCGAUCUAGACAAAAAUUUCAUCACAGCUUGAAAGAGCAUCACAAAAUUAGUAAUAUUCCAAAGUUUUGUUGCAAAAUCUUGUAAAAUGCGGAUAAUAUAGCCGUGCGAAGUUUGCCGUUUUUCAGUCAAAAUGUAUUACAAACGGGAAAUUGACAUCCGAUUCGGGUGUUGGGGCUGCAAUUUCGGUUUGUAAUGCAAAAUGACUGAAAAUUGCAAACUUCGCAAGGCUCUAUUUUCCUCAUUUUACAACAUUUCGCAACGAAACUUUGGAAUAUUACUAAUUUUGUGAUGCUCUUUCAAGCUGUGAUGUAAUAUUUGUCUAGACUUGCCUAGAUCAAAAUUUUGGUUAUAAGGGGAAAGGUCUAUUGUCCCAAUGUAUUACAGUUCAUUUGGAUAGUUUGUCUUGUGUUUGCUGUUUUAGACAAUUGUAGUGACACUCGUGGUAGUAGUAUGUUGAAGGCUGCAUUUAUUUCUAUUUUUGUAGGAGACCAAGGAGGACCAGGUGCCCCCGGCGCCCCUGGCCGUGACGGUGCAGAUGGUGCUAAUGGCGCUGAUGGCCAACCAGGUGCUCAGGGACAACCAGGACCAGUAGGACCCACUGGGGCACGUGGAGUUACAGGAGCUACUGGAUCAGCAGGACCUGCUGGACCAAGAGGACCACAUGGACUACCUGGCCCACCUGGACCUACAGGUAACAAAAUAUAUUUAGUUGAUAAUACAUCCAGAAGUAACAAUUAUAUUUAAUCGAUCCUAGCGCGUUAAUUUAUGUGUAUAAAUAACUUUGGGCCUUAUUAUUAUGUAAUAACAUAUAACCCCAUACAAUUAUUAACUAUGGCACUAUCAUUCCAGGAGCCACUGGCGCACCAGGAGCACCAGGAUUAUCAGGCGUCAGACUUGUCCAAGGAUCUGGUGGAGUUGCUCGAUGUGAUGCCGGUGAAGUUGGAUUAGAUUGUUCAAGUUCCUGUGGCAAGACCAAACGUCCUGACCUCAGAACAUGCAAAGACCUUUGUGGAUAUGAUGGGUACAAGUCCAAGUACAGUCAUCUCACGUUGGUCUGCGCUCGUGUUGGAGGACAUACUAUAUACUGAGAGGACACACUACCUAACGAUAUGCUUGCUACCAUGUUAAAAAAUUGAUUUUCAAAUAAAUGCUAUUAAACAAUCCUUGUAUUUCUCAACUUAAGUCGAUAUAC